AUGUGUAAAUACUUGGUCACAAAAUACCCUGAUCUUUUGAAUGUCAUUGACAACUACUAUGGGUUCACAGUUUUACAUGAUGCACUAAAGGAACAAAACCUUGACUUAUUUUCUUAUCUAUUAACUCUUGGAAUGAAUGUCAAUGAUCUUGCAAACAAUGGUGAAUCUGUUCUUCAUACUUCAUGCCAGAGAGGACAUCUUGAUCUCUCAUUAUUUGAAGUCAAAGACAAAAAUGGAUGCACUGUUCUACAUGAUGCAGGCCUGGGAGGAAAUGUUGAUGUGUUCAAGCUUUUGAUAGACAAAGGAUUAGACAUUAAAACUACAACAAACGACGGUAAAACAGUUCUUCACAACUGUUGCUUAAAUGGUAAGUUAGAAAUGUGUAAAUACUUGGUCACAAAAUACCCUGAUCUUUUGAAUGUCAUUGACAACGACGGGUUCACAGUUCUACAUGAUGCAGCUAAGGAUGGAAACUUUGUUUUAUUUUCUUAUCUACUAAGUGUUGGAAUGAAUGUCAAUGAUCUUGCAAACAAUGGUGAAUCUGUUCUUCAUAUUUUAUGCAGGGAUGGAAACCUUGAAAUGUGUAAGUAUUUGGCCCAAAAUCAUCCUCAACUUUUGAAUGCCAUUGACAAUGACGGAGAUACAGUUCUACAUGCCGCAGCGAGUGGAGGACACUCUGAAUUAUUCAACUAUUUAUUAACUGUUUGUUCGAACGUUAAUGCUAUCACAAAUAAUGGCAAAUCUGUUCUUCAUAUUUUCUGCCGGAAUGGAAACCUUGAAAUGUGUAAGUAUUUGGCCCAAAAUCAUCCUCAAUUUUUGAAUGCCAUUGACAAUGACGGAGAUACAGUUCUACAUGCUGCAGCGAGAGGAGGAAACUCUGAAUUAUUCAACUAUUUAUUAACUGUUUGUUCGAACGUUAAUGCUGUCACAAAUGAUGGCGAAUCUGUUCUUCAUAUUUUCUGCCGGAAUGGAAACCUUGAAAUGUGUAAGUAUUUGGCCCAAAAUCAUCCUCAACUUUUGAAUGCCAUUGACAAUGACGGAGAUACAGUUUUACAUGCUGCAGCAAAAAGAGGGAACAUGGCAUUGUGUUCUUAUUUAUUCACUGUAUUAAACGUAAAUGCCAUCAAAAAUGAUGUUGAAUCUGUUCUUCAUAUUUUAUGUCGGAAUGGAAACCUUGAAAUGU